AACACGGCGGAGCCGCCGCUCCGAGCCGGGCGGGGACCGCGCUGGGCCCUUCCCGCCCCUGGACCCCCGCACGGGGGAAGGGUCAGAGGAGCACCGGGAGGCUAAGUCUAUUCAUAUAAUGGAUACACACAUCAGGAAAACGGCAUGGUUGUUGGACAGUGAUCAGUUUCUGGAGAAAAAUGGGGUGGCCACAAAAUCCCAUGUCCAGGGUGAUCCUCUACCAUGGCAAGAUUUUACUGCGUCUCAUCUAGGACCAGAUAAUGGAUUAUUGGGAACACAUACCAACAAGACACAAGAUCUGCUGAGAGGACAAAUGAAGACAAUACAGUCUCAAAUGAUGCAAACCACAGAAGAAUGGAUAAGAAACUACAGUUUAGAAUCCUUGCAAUUAACAUUAGAGUAUCUGGUAAACAAGGGCAAUAUUAUUUUGAAUUCAGGAGAUGGUGUUGAAGGGAUGGUGUUUACAGAGGAGACUGUUACUGAUUUUGAGUCCAGACUUUCUGAAGCAAUUGAACUUUAUCAGCAGAGAAUUCAGUGGCUCUUGGAGGACAGCAGAAAGGUGUUUGGUGUUAUAAAAGGAACCAAAGUGGGACUUUUGAUUGAUGUGUCUCACAUGAGUUAUGGACCUAGACUACUGGAUUUUCAGAAGGACCUUUUGUGCUUAAUAGAUGAGCAGCUUUGUUAUAAGAAGCAAUUGUACUGCCUCUCAUUCAGUGCAGAAAUUUCACCGCUGUGGGAGAGUCCAAAAAACAUCAACGUUCACGUGCUACAUGAAGCGAGACAGUGGAUACAAGAGCUGGAGCCUGGUCAAGGCUGCAAUUUGCUGAAAGCCUUUAAGCAUGUCCUUACAAUGAAAGAACUGAAUUCCCUGGUUCUUAUUGUAGGAAGCUGCCCUGAUCAGCCUUUUGAAAUAUUGUGUGAUUAUGCUCAGCAGUGUUUGCUGGGGAGAAAACUGCAGAUUCACACUGUUACAUAUGAUUGCAGCAAUCCUGCUUCUCUUGCAGUUCUGAAGAAUCUUGCAGAAGCUGUAGAAAGCCGUUAUCAUUGCUACUCUUCAAAGGGAGAGUAUUUUGAUAGCAGUGAUUUUCAUUUGCUACUUCAGGAGUUCCUGAAGGCCAAGGACCUACUCAAAAGCAUCAAACAGACUUUUCAAAGAAGACUUGGUGGCUCAGUUAGUAGUAAAACAGCCGAUGUUUCUGCAGGAUUUGCAAAUAUAGCACCUUCCAGCUUCUUCCCAAAGCCUCCAAAGCUCAAAGGACCAUUAGUUAUUCAAACACCAAGUGUCCUGGCCAAAACCUCAACAGACUGGUUAAAGACAUAUGGAUUGAAAGCCAAGAAGUUAAACCUUUAUCAAGUUCUGGCUCCCAAUGCUUUCUCUCCUGUGGUGGAGUUUAUACCUAUUCUUAAAAAAAGAAUAUCAUCAACUCUGCAUGAGAAAAUCAUGAUGCAGUUUGAAUGGCAUGAUGGAACUGUGAAAAAUAUCCAUGUUGACCUGCCAGUAUUAUACAACUACCAGAAACUCCUUACUAAAAUGGUGAAUAUCUAUGAGAAACGAAUUGACUGGCUCUCCAUUGCUAGCAGAAGAAUAUGGGGGAGUGUUUGUGAAAAGAGGGUGGUUAUACUUGUUGAUAUAUCAGUGACAAACUCUAUGUACAUCACCCAUAUCCAACAUUCUCUGCGACUUUUACUUGAGGAACAAAUGUCAAAUAAGGAUUACUUCAAUAUCAUAGCAUUUGGGAGUGACAUUGUGCCUUGGCAGCAGGAACUGCUUCCUUCCCAUCCAGAAAACUUAGAAAAGGCUUGGAGAUGGGUGUUGAGCUUGCAGUGCAAGGGCAGUAGAAAUUUCAUGAGUGCACUGAGGAGAGCUGUAGAAGUCGACUUCAAAGACAAAGAGAAACACAAAUCACAAGGACUUUACCUGCUGACUACUGGAAUACCUGAUCAGGAAACACACACCAUCAGUGCUUAUGUGGCUGAGGUUUGCAGAGGUUUUGAUUUACAGCUUCAUGUCUGUCUGUUCAGUGCCAUGGAGGACAUUGGCUCCAGUGGGGUUAUCCCAGCCCGCUAUGCCAGCCCUGCAGAAACUGCCAGUGCUUUUAGAGAAAUAGUGCAGGCAGCCAGGGGCAGAUUCCACUGGUUUGGAGAAGCAGGUAUUUUUGAAAGUGAUGAUAUUACUAGUAUUGUGUCGGAAAUGGAAAAAGCAAAAAACUACUCCCAAAAGUGUGCAUUCCUGGUGGAAUCCUUGAAGCAACGUUCAGUAAAUCAGUCUGUUAAUCCAUUUACACCAGAAGGAGAUUCAAAUGCACUUACAAAGAAUGAGAAAAGAAGGCCACAGAAGUUGCCAUCUCCUAAACCCACAGCUCCAAGCCCGGCUAGAAUGGAUGUUAAAGACAACCAUGGUGCAGGGAGAAAUACUCCUGUAAGAGUCCUGGCAUGGCGUCCUCCUAGUGCCAAAGCAGAAAUUCCACCAGCACAAACAGUAAAAGAAUGGCCUCAGACUGAGAAUAAAAGAAAGGAUAAACCAAGGAAGCAGCCAGAGCUUUCUCUAUCUGUAUUUUACACUGAUAAAGGAAGACAUGUGGGUACAGUAAACCAGAAGUAUCCAAAGACUAUGUGCAUAAGAAAGUCUGUUCCCCCUGUUACAUUGCCAAAAGAAGAGGAAAUCUGUUCAAGCAAAGAGUGGCUGACCAAGUACAGUAUAAAAAAGCUUGAAUUGGAAUUGCCCAGGCUGAUGUUUGGUCCAGGCUGCACCCACCAAAACAAAACUGUGGAGUCUCUGCACAAGAAAGUAUCAGCAAAAUACUGUUCUAUCUUCCCUAGUGCAGAAAUCAAUGGGGUUGUGAAACAUCUGCAGUUUCAACCUAAGGAGCUGGAAAUCUACACAGAACAACUGGAGCGAGUGUUGCAGCGCUACCUCCAGAGGGUACAGUGGCUGCUCUCAGGAAGCCGAAGGUUGUUUGGUACCAUUUUAGAAGCAAAUGUCUGUGUUUUGAUUGACACAUCUGGUUCCACUGGCCCAUAUUUGCCACAUGUCACAAAAGAACUCACCUCCCUUAUCUGGGAACAGCUGAGAAGAAAUGAGGUCAGGUUUAACCUGCUGAGAUUUGCAGAAAAUACAGAUUGGAAAGAGUGUCUUGUAGAGGCAACUGAUGAAUCAUGUCAUGAUGCUGUGCAGUGGGUUUCCAAAUUCCAUGCCCAUGGUAACACGUGCAUCCUCACAGCUUUACAGAAGGCUCUCAGUUUCCAAGGUGUAGAGGCACUGUAUCUCUUGACUGAUGGAAAACCAGACACCAGUUGCAGUCUGAUUUUGGAAGAAAUUGAACGAUUGAGAAAGGAACAAGAUAUUAAAAUCCACACCAUUUCUUUUAGCUGGGCAGACAGAGGAGCUAAUGAAUUUCUGAAGAAACUUGCUUCCCAGACAGGAGGGCGCUACCAUUGCUGCUUUGGAGAUGAAGAUGGACAAUUAGCAGCACACAGAAUAUUGGCAGAGGGGCUUGAAGAUGAAGAUGAUCCAGCUUUCCCUUACUUUGAAGGAGAUGAUUUAAAGAAACUUAUGCAAGAAGUAGCAAAAGCUAGAAGUUUCUUAAAACAGGCAAAAUCUUGGAGAUUAUUACUUGAAAAACGGAAUAUAAACCAAAAGGACAAUUCCAGCUUUCAAAGAAGUGCUCAGAGUAUCACAGGAAAAGAGAAAUGACUGGGUGGAAGUACUUUCUCAGUGUUAAUCAAGACAGAAGCAUUUCUCACAGAGCUGUUUGAGGGAGAGCUGUGGACACACAGACAACUGCAGAGAGUUGCACUACAGAACUUUGGUCUGCCGAGAUAUUCAUCAGGGAAAUGGGUAAUGCAGACAGAGUGAGACUGGUUUUUAAAUCCUUGUUUCUGUGGCUGUAGUUUGUAUUUCCUUUUAAAAACGUUGCCCAGUCAUUCAAAGAGGAGAAAAAAAAAUCCAGUCAGCCCCACUGGCUAAGAAUGCUUGUUCAUGGAGAGUGGAACCUGGAGCCUGGCCAGGUAUGUGCAGAAUUCAGCAUCUAAGGGCUGAUCACUCAAGAGAAAAGCUUGGAGAGGAAAUGAAUGUAUAACCAUCCUGUAGUAGCAAGGAAGUUGUUACAGGCAUACAGAGAUAAACCUAGUGUUCCACAACCAUCUCAGUCUUUCAGCCUUCCAAGGAAAACUGUAUUGCUUGUAAAGCAUAUAGGAAUACAUUCCUAUUAAAGUACUUCAGAAAGUGCAUAGCCCUGGAGCACCAUUAAACAUGUAAGGAAACUUUCAAUUUAAUUUGUAUUGGUUUUCCAUUGCCAUUUUGUCAGGGGUGAUGGUGAGCCUGUGCAGUUUAUAUAUUUUGAGUUUUUAAAACUAUUCAUGUG